ACAAAAACAACCAUUCUCUCUCCAAACCCCAUCUCUCUCAUAUUUAUUAUACUUCUCACAUCCCUAACGUUUAUAGUAAGCUGCCAUUUCAAAUGGAUAAGCAUCUCAGGACGAAGCAGACCAAGACCAGUCCCAUUGUUGCUUCUUCUUCAUCUCAAGAAGUGAGUAGUAUUGAGUGGGAAGCUCUGAAUAUGAAUCAAGAAGAAGAAGAUUUGGUCUGUCGAAUGCAUAAGCUUGUCGGUGACAGGUGGGAGUUGAUAGCUGGGAGGAUCCCAGGAAGAACUGCACAAGAAAUUGAGAGGUUUUGGGUCAUGAAGAAUAACUGAAUUAUCUAUGAAGUUUCACUGAUUAAUUUUUAUAAUACCAACUUUGUAAUAAGAAAAGGUUCUUAAUCUAAAUUAUGAAUCUCAAACGGAAUUUUAUCAUGGACUAAGAAUAUUUGGGCCUCUGUAAGAGAUGAAAGAAACAAAAUUGG